AUGGCUGCGGAUGCUACGGGAGGACAAAGCAAUCCACGCGGGCAUCAUCGCUGUGGAGGCCGAGUGCGACUACUGGGAGGCGCAGCUGCAGGACCACCUGACCGCUGCUUUGCCACGCUGGAAGAGCAGCCGGGAGGGCGUCCAACGCCUGGACGCGGAGCUGCAGGACUUGGCCUUGGACGAUCGGGGCACCUCUGGCUGCUCGGUGCAUGGGCAGUUUAUUUUGCGCUAAAAAUGUCUGGCUAUGGAAUGCUAUGGAUAAAUAUUGAGUCAAUCAUGGUAUAUUGUUCCUGUGAAUCAUGUCUUUUAAAUCUCAAGGUUUUGUUUUUUUGA